CAUGGGGACAGCAGUGGGCCCGAGGCCAGAGCUGGCAGAGGGGCUGAGGGUGUUGAUGGGCGUGAUUACGGGCAUGAUUGCAGCUUGUCACGUCCGCAGGAGGCCGUGUGGAGGAAGCCCGGAGGUGUUUGACCCCAGUGCUCACAGGUCCCGCUGCUGCCAGUUGUGCCCAGACAAGCCAGGGAGGCCAUCAAUCUGAUCCCUGGAGUCGUGGCACCCGCUGGACCCCCCAUCCAGGCACCCUGCAAGGUACCGCGGUCACCCCCGAGCCCUGCACAGGCACAGCUGAGGCACUGAACACUGAGGUGCUGCUGCUGAGCGCUCAGGCCUGGGGGCAGGUGAGCGGCCACGGAGGGCGCCCAGGGACGCCCUUCCCGUGCCCCGAGCCAAGGGAGGAAGCGGCCGGAGGCAGGAAGCCUUCCCCCGGGCCCGGGGCCCCUGCUGCGAUUUUGCUGGAAGGUCAGCGGCGACACAACAGGAAAUCGUGCUGCCUCGGCUGGGCGGCCGGGCCAGAGCCGCAGAGCCGCGCCGUGCCGGGGCCGCUCCCGGGCCCCACGUCCCGGCCGGGCGGCUCGCGGGGAACCCGCGCCACCACUGCCCUCCAUGGAAGGGGGACGGGAGCCGGGGAGCAGCCGCUGGCCCCAGGGUGGAAGAUGCAGGGCCGAAGCCCCCAGCCGAGCAUGGAGCUGAACAGACUGCUCCUCCUCACAUCCUUCCUCCUGCAUGUGAAAGAGGACCGUGCCAGCCCAACACGGCUGGUCUGUGACAACAGGCUUAUCCAGAAAUACAUCGUGGAGGCCAAGGACAUGGAAAAGAGAGUGGGCCAAUGCCAGGCCCUGCCUGCACUCAGCUGCCCUGCAGUGCUGCCCUUGGUGGACUUCACUUUCCAGCAGUGGAAAUCCAAAUCGAACGAGACCAAGCGGCGGGAGAUCCUGUGUGACCUGGCCCUGCUGCUGGGUGCUGCAGCCGGGGCCCAGGGCCAGGUGAGCGAUGAGUGUGGGUCCAGACAGCUGAGCCAGCUUUACCGACACGCCAACUCCUUCUUCCUGCUCCUGCAGACCUUCAGCUGGGAGGCAGGACACUGGGAGCCGAGCUGCUCCCCACACUCCAUGGAGCAGACCCACAUCACCAGCAUCUUCCUCACCUACCGGCAGCUGGUGCAGGGCAAGCUGCGCUUCUUCUUCUACGACCUGGCCAAGGUCUUGUGCAAGCAAGGACAGGGGGACAGCAGAGACCCUCCAUGCGGGGCCUGGUGAGGCUGCACACAGGGUUCAACCACAAAGUGAUGCUGGAACAAUCCUGCAGGACACUAAGCUGUGCUCUGGGUGCCCAGGAAGAUGCCCACAGGGAAAGGGUUGGCACCUGUUCCUGGAGUCUUUGUCUGCUGUGCAGCGCAUGGAGGCAAACAGUGACACUCACGUGCCAGCAGGCACGGGCCCUGCUCCCACCUGGGCAGGCACCUCUACUGUGAA